AUGAGAUCUACAAGGAGUUCAGGACGUCGCAAGAAAGAAGUGGCACCAGUGGUUGUCGAUGGUGGUGAUGACAAGAAAAAAAAUGGCGCAUUUGAGAUGAAAAGUACUGAGAACAAUCGACACGAACGUGUGGUUAAAGACGAGCAGGACACAAGAGAUAUGAGAUUAUUAAGUGAUCAAGCUAAACAUCUGUGGUCAGAGAAAAGAAGGAGAAAAAAGAUGAAAAACAUGUUUGAAGAACUUCAUUCUUUACUCCCCAAUCAACCUCCUAAGACAAACUUGACCACAAUAGUUGAUGAGACGAUAAGCUACAUCAAAACCUUGCAACAAACCCUGCAAAAGCUUGAGAUGCAGAAGACACAGAUGCUCUGCAGUCAAUCAACCAACAUCAGUGUCGCUUCUCCUACGCCUCAACGACAAAAAAAAGUUGUUGCGGAUUCCCUUUUAUCCCUUGGCAGUUCCUCAAACGGCCACAUGGAUAUGGCUACUUGCUCUAAACUAGGUCCUUUUCCCAUGCCUUCGCGUGCACCACCGGCCUUUCAAACAUGGACUUCUUCUAAUGUCAUCUUGAAUGUGUGUGGUCUUGAUGCACAUAUUAACAUCUGCUCCUCUAAGAAGCAUGGGCUCCUUAGCGAGAUUUGCAAAGUGUUGGAGAGGCAUAAAUUGGAUGUCCUAUAUGCUCAAGUGUAUUCCGAUCUAUCUAAAAGCAUGUUUAUGAUUCAUGCUCGAGCGCAUGUAGCUCCCGAUGAGUCCCCAAUAGAUCAUGCUUAUGAAGAGAUUUUCAAAAAGGUUGCGCUAGAGAUGAUGCUUUUGGCCGACUCCAAAUCAUCAUAG